UGUAUUUAGUCGCUGUCAGGUGGGGGAGGUGGUUACCUUUAUUCUGUAAGGAAUAAAAAAGUCAGGGAGUGUUCGGUGUGAUGUUCUGCUCCUAAAGUUUUAGCGCUAGCCUUACUAAAGCCUAGCUCUGCGUGUGCUAGGUGUGUCCAACUAUAGCUUUUCCCCAGGUCCUUUUCAGGUAUUUGUUUUUCUAAGUAAAAUGUAGCCUAUUAUUCAUUUAAAGCUUUUAUUGGAAACUCCUUUCAUGUGCACCGUCCUGUGUGCCCUCUAAAGUCAAGUAAAGUCCUCAGCUGGGAUGUCAAGGGUGUAAUUAAAUCUUUAAGCUUUGUGGUUUGAGGCAAGGAUCUAUUUGCAUUGAUACAAAAUGUUGUUUUCUUUUCGGCUGAAAUAUCUAAAAGAUAACCAUUCCCUGAUGUGAUAAAAUGAAAGCUGUGCCACUCCACAGUCUUUGAGCAGUUAUUGGGUGGGUGGCAUGGCUUAUUUUCGUUGCUUUUCAUUUGAAUGAUAGCCUCGGACUAUUUUCUGUUCUGUCCUUUUUUAUAACCCCCCUGACAUUUACAGCAUAGGGUAGACAUAAGUAACAGUUAAUGCUGAAAAAGACAGAUCACACACACAAACACACACACAUACUCACACAGACCUCCCCUUUUGUAAUUUACACAAAUUUUUUUUGUGUGUGCAUCUCCACGCCAAUGCCAAGUGUGCCAUCUUGUUCCCUGACCUUGGGAGAAGGAGAGGCUUGGGCUCGUUCCAGUGCGGGACGAGGGGUCUGAUCUGCUGGAAAGGCAUUCCUGAAUCGAGAGCACCUGCCAGGGAGGGACAGCUGGAGUCUGACUCUUCACUGUCCUGUUGCAUCUGAAACGGCUCCUCGCUACCCCCAUGGCCCUUCAGUCUUCUCUCCCUGUCUAAAGACUUGGCGGCUCUUCCACCGUUUUGCAUAAUUAUCUCCAUCCUGUCCCGAUGCAUCGAAAAGCAGCGAUGGUGGGCCUGCUGUACCCCUGCAUUGACGGUCGCCUGGGCGGGCCCCACGGGUUCAAGCGCGAGUGGUCCAGCGUGAUGCGCUGCAUCGCCGUCUUCGUGGGCAUCAACCACGCCAGCGCCAAAGUGGAUUUCGCGAACAACUUCCAGCUGUCGCUCACCCUGGCCGCCCUGUCGGUGGGGCUGUGGUGGACGUUUGACCGCUCGCGCAGCGGAUUUGGACUUGGCGUCAGCAUCGCCUGCCUCGCCACCCUUGCCACCCAGCUGUUGGUGCACAACGGAGUUUUUCAGUAUACUUCUCCAGAUUUUCUCUACAUACGCUCCUGGCUACCAUGCAUCUUCUUUGCUGGAGUAAUAACCAUGGGAAACAUAGGACGUCAGCUUGCAAUGUAUGAAUGCACAGUUGUUCAGGAGAAGACUCAUGAAGACUAAUGAAGCUGACAUCAUCAACCUUUAACUGCAUUUUUUACUGGGUAUUUGCCAAAUUGCAAACGGGUGUAUGUAUAUAUAGUUUCUUCACUUGGUCUGAAUAUGUGAAAUUGCAAGAAGUGUGUGUGUGUGUGUGUGUGUGUGUAUGUGUGUAUGUGUGUGUGUGUGAAGGAGAGAGAGAGAAAGAGCAAGCGACUGAGAGCGUGUGCCAGAAACUACAAUGCAAUCUGUGAUUGCAGCUUUACAAUGUAAAAUGAUGUAACAACUCUGAAAGGUUUCUGACACUUUUGGCUGCAUGUUGCCAAACAGACUUUCAGGAGACAUUCAUUCAUCUGGACUUGUGCACAACACAUACUGUAGGGAGGCUGAGCUGUGCCCUCUGUUGGUAGGCUAUACCUUGUUAUAUAGGAUAUAUGCUUUCUUUACAAUAUUCUGUUUAGCGUUGUAGGUCUUUAUUUGAUGAAUAUAUAAGAAUAAUUUAUUUCACAGUGUAAAAUGGGGCGUUGUAUUCCACCUGGCACAAUAACAAGGCAAUGUGUAUAGCCUCUCAGGUUACACUCAAAAGACUGGAUAUGUGAUUAAUUGGAAUUCUGGUGUUCUAUAACUUCUGGUCGCAAUAAUUUCUCAACAUAAAAAGCAUCAAAAACUAAAAUAUGAACUACUUAUUAUUAUUAUUGUUUUAUUGAUUUUAAUCGCAGUACACUUGUCACAGGCAGUGGUAAAUACAAUAAAAUAUGCAUAAUAAUAAUAAUAAUAAUAAUCUCACAUGUGCAUCUGACAGGCUGCUCAACUUCUCUAACUCCCACAGUUCCACACAAAUGUUUAGAUCACUUGAAGACCACUCAGAUCAGGGGGUCUGGUCAUUAGGGAUACAGGAGGAGGCGGGGCUUCGUUUGUGUAGGUAUGCAGCCAGUCACAUCAGCGUGAAAGGAAUCCAUUUGAUGUAAUUAGCUCAUUAACUUAUCUGAAAAUCUCAUCAUUUUAACAUGUUCCACUUUUUUAAUAAUGAGGUUAAUCAGUAGAGAGGAAUGACGUUUAAAGAAGACACUCUCGCAUGUUUAUAAAAGGAUAGUGUUUUUAUGUGGAACUUGAACGAUAAUUUAGCCCUUGCAUGGUAAGUAUUAGCUCAUGCAAAUAUUAGCUUUUUUCUAAACACAAACAAUGUAUAAAAAAAUGACUGGAGGCCAUCUCGCCAGGAGAGAUGCCUGGGUCCGCUGCAGUUCUUUAAGAGUGAAGAGGGGCCUUUGUCAAUUAGAGAACUUUUAAUUUCCACUUCAUUCUUUCAAUUCCAUGAUGUUUCGGAAAGGAUGGAGGCUUUAACUGAUGAUUGUUUUCUAAUGAUUUUUCUCCAUUAAGAGAAAGGGUUUUGUGUAAAUAUCUCUAGGUGCUAAGGUGCUAAUAUUAGGUUUGGGAUGAAAUGGGUUGUGUGAAGCACUUAUUUUGUUAGAAUGCUGUGUCAAAUGAAAUUUGAUUGAUUGCUGAUAGACUAGUUUUGGUUAUUUUAUUAUUUCCCUGUGCGUGGGCAGGUGAUACUUUUGUUUGACCUGGCACUUUUAAGUUCCACAAUCAGACUUGUAGAAUGAAAAAAAACUUGUGUUGACUGAUUCCCCAAAGUGCUGAGUGAAAUUUCAAACUCACGUUAUCCAACCAAAUAUCAAGACAAACCAAUGUAAUGUGAAAUAUUGAAAAAUAAAUAUUCUUAUAAGAGAAACAUACAUGAAAAUGACCCCACAAUUUUUUUAUGGACCCCAUACCAGUUUGUGCUCAAACAUCAAAUAUGCCUAUUGCUUGUCGUUUUUAUGCAGUUUAAAAACAUUUCUUGUAAGUAAUGUGACCUGAAGACCACUGAAAUGGACCUUGAAACGAAUUAAAAAUAACUGAAAUUUGA